AUGAUGCCAUCAGCACUUUCAAUACCAUUCAGCACCUCUAUACAAGAUUCGAACAGUCAUAGCUGGCCUGGAUCCCCAGAAUCUGGCCAGUCCAUCAUAAGCGUUCAAGAAGCGAGGCUCCGAGACUGGGAAGACCAGGGGAGGUACAGCCCUCGAGCCGUGGUGGCUGGCCGCCUUAGUGAAUUGGCAAUACGGGGCGAUUUCCACCAGCAGCUUCCCGAUCGCAGUCUCCACCAAACCGCCAUUCUUCCUCUUCUGCAGACAAGCUGCUUGCCCAAGCAUUCCGACCUCCAUGGCUUUCAUGCGAUGCCCGAUUCGCAACCUUCAGCAACAUCGAUAGAACGCCCUCGUUCGCCAAAUGAACAACCACAUGCUUCGUGCUCAGCCACUGACGCUGAGCCCCAGCUUCAACCUGCACAAACUUCAGUGAGCCCGAGCAAAGCCUCUGCGAGUCCUCGCAAAAAUCGAACUACUCCUGCGCCCCUGGAAGAGCGUGGUGCAAGAAAAUCGCCUCCACCUCCCGGUGAGGCGGGUGUGGAAUUACUCACAUGGAGUGACUCGGAAAUAACAGGUCAUAACCCGACCGAUCCUGAUGACGACGGCUAUGGUAUCAACGGCAUAGGUUUCAAGCCCACUGCGGCGAUUGCGUGGGCUAGGUCGCAAAAAAGGCAGAAACAAGUCACAGAUUGGAAAAGUCGUGAAGCAAGAGAAGCGCGCGAGCGACGAAGAGAGCGCCGAGAUGGCAACGACUUGGAUAAAUUGCGCACCGUCCAAUCAGGCGGUAUCAACAAAAGGGUCAAAUUUGACGUUUGA